AUUUCUAGUUGGCAGCUGUCUUUACGUCUUGAGAGAAUGGAGGACGCCAUGACAAAUGCAGCUUCUGUGGAUGUAAAAUGGGACUGACAGAAACAGUAGCCUACGCCAGGAGUCGGACAGGAUGAUACCCUAACUAAAGAAUGUGCCAUAUCCAAGGGCCCGGCCUGAAACACUGACGUGUGUCUAUUAAUUUGCCCUUUAACACGGUCGCAUCCGACACGGCAGCUGUGAGGCUUCAAGCCAACCCAAUUGUCAUCAGAAUCCGUUGCUGCGCCUGCCUAUCGGUGUUGAUGCCCAGUAGACUGCGAGCGGGCGCGCCGACGUGUGUGCGUCACGGAGCGCCUACAGGCAUUGCGCACAGCGAACGCAGGCAGUCGCAGCUGUGCGACACAUGGAGUAGGUCGGGCCGAGCGAGGACGGGCUGGGAGACACUUUAACCGGGACUGUGGAUAACUUCUUACAAAACCAACAAGAGAGAGACAGAGAUAAUCUGCCACCAUGCGCGUGGAAGUCCAACAGGGCGAGAAUGAAGAGAACUCCGCCAACUCGAUGCGGUUGCUGGUUAACCAGCUAAGGGAGAUUACAGGCAUCCAGGACCUGCCGCUACUGCAGAGAGCUCUAAUGGCAUCUCAGGGUGACAUCAUCCAGGCCAUCUCCUUGGUAACGGCUCCGUCGGAGGAGGCCCAGACACCCACAGAACCCUCCGGACACACAGAGGAGCAGCACACACACACUGCCCAGCAGGGAGGUGAGGCCAAAGACGACCUCCAGGCAGCAAUAGAACUCAGCCUUCAGGAGAACCAGACUGCAGACAGGCCUGUUGAGAAGAUUGUGAUCCACGUGAAGCGUAAGCGUUGUGAACAGAUGAUUGAGAGCUGCAGCCCAGCUGACCUGCUGAGGCCCACAGGAUGGCCAGUCGGGAUACGCAACAUCGGAAACACAUGCUGGUUUAGUGCCGUCAUACAGUCUCUGUUCCACCUGCCUGUGUUUCGGCGCCUCGUUCUGAACUACUGCCUGUCUGAGCGCAUUCUGGAGAAAUGCAAGAGCCACUCCGAGAAGAGGAAUAUAGCCUUCAUGCAGGAGCUGAGGUGUCUGUUUGCCCUGAUGGUGGGAUCCACUCGCCGCUUCGUCGACCCCUCCGCUGCAGUAGAGCUACUCAGAGACUCAUUUAGGACCACCGAAUCACAACAGGAUGUGAGUGAGUUCACCCAUAAACUUCUGGACUGGCUGGAGGACGCAUUUCAACUUUCCGCCACGGGGAAUGACCCCCAGGAUAAGAAGGAUAACCCCAUGGUGAAUCUCUUCUACGGGACCUUUGUGGCCAAGAGAACCAUUGAAGGUAAAACCCAGUCCAACAUGGAGCAGUUUGGCCAGUACCCCCUGCAGGUGAACGGCUUCAACAACCUAGAUGAGUGUCUGGAAGGAGCCAUGUUGGAGACCGAGGUGGAACACACACACGCAGGACAGGAGCGGUGGUUCUCUAAGCUUCCUCCCGUGCUAACCUUUGAACUCUCGCGGUUUGAGUUCAACCAAUCACUCGGCCGGCCGGAGAAGAUACACAAGAAACUCGAGUUCCCACAGGUCAUCUAUAUGGACAGGUAUCUGCAUAAGAACGUGGAGUUGACCCAGAGCAGGAGGGCGACAGUGCGGCGCCUGAAGGAACAGCUGACUGCACUGCAGCAGAAGAUGGAAAGUUAUAAGAACUAUGGUUCUGGUCCAGUAAAGUACCCUCUGGCGGACGUUCUGCAGUACAUGCUGGAGUUCGCCACCACCCGGCCCAACACAAACCCCUCCCCCAACACAAACCCCUCCCCCAACACAGGCUCCACCCCCAAUACCGGCUCCAGCAGCCCCAUGCCUCCUACGCACACCGAGGCCAGCACAGACGAAACUCCCUCUGACCCUGUUGAGGCAACACCUCCUCCUCCUCCCGACAGCCCGUCGCCCUCCUCCUCCCCCGCGCAGCGCACCCCCAUCCAUAAGCCCUUUACCCACUCCUGCCCCCCACUGGACGGUCUGAUGCAGCCGGCCCCCCACACAGCCACCGAGGAGGAGCUGACGGUCAUCAGAGCAUGCCUGCAGAGGUGGAGGACCCAGGUGGAGAACGAUAUAAACGAGUUGAAGACCAGUAUUGAGAAAGUGACACAGGAACUGGAGCAGAUCUACUCGGAUAACAGCCUAUGCCAGGUGCCCUACAGGCUCCAUGCUGUGUUGGUUCACGAGGGCCAGGCCUCAGCUGGUCACUACUGGUCCUACAUCUUCCAGCACGAGAGGCAGAGGUGGCUCAAGUAUAAUGAUGUCGUCGUCACCGAGGCAACGUGGGAGGAGCUUGUGCGGGACUCGUACGGCGGGAUGACCAAUGCCAGCGCGUACUGCCUCAUGUAUAUCAACGACUCGCAACCACACCUUAUAGAAGAGGACACUGAUGGCGACACAGGGCAGGUCGUGGAGGGUGUGGAUGCGUUGCCCCCUCAACUACGGCGGUACGUUCUAGAAGACAACCGCUGGUUCCAACAGCAGCUGAGGGAGUGGGAGGAACAACUGAGUCACCAGGAGGCCGCACACACACACACACAGCAGCCACCACACCCCGAGGACCAACAAGAACCCGAGCAGGAGCCAGAGCAAGACCCGGAACAGGAACCCAACCAGGACCCAGAGCCGGAAUCAGAGCAGGAGCCUGAAGACCCGGAGCAGGAUCGGGAUCAGGAUCAGGAGCCGGACUCUAACCAGGAGCCCAACCAGGAGGCAGAGGAUCCGGAACCGGAACACUCUGAACCAGAGCAUUCCGAACCCGAGCAUUCUAAGGAGCCCAGAGAGGAACCAAGCAGCCGAGAACCAAGAGGCUCCGGUCCAGGAGAGGCUGACUCUGAGACAGAUUACCCCCGAGCAGACAGCCCUGAGAGCGGGCCAAGGGACAUCCAGGAGCCGUCGGAGCCGGUAUUCUUUGUGGCGAUGCCCCCUGACCCCAACAGUAUGCCACGUCCCGACCCCACCCCCAUGCCCUCUCCGUUUGGCACCGCCCCCAACAACAAGGGCAUCCAGGGCCCUACCAGCCCCACGGGCACCCAGGUUGGCACCAGCAACACCAUAUCUGCUCAUGGUGACACCAACACAAUGGGCACUCGGGGUGGCCCCAGCCCCAUGCCCACCACCCAGAGCUCCAGCACCAUGCCCACCACUGGCACCCAGGAGAGGGCCUCCAUGCCCACUGAGCGACCAGCAGGAGAGGGCAGCACCAACGCUAUGCCUCGUCAGAGCCCCGCACGAGACAGCAGCACCAGCCCAGAGCAGGGCACGACACAGAACAGGGCUACGGAAGGAGAAGGGGGUGUGGCCGAGGGAGGGGCAUCUGAAGAGGCAGAGGUGCCUCAGCAUGAGGAGGUUCUAACUGACUUUGAGAUUCCCAACGUGGGCAAGAUACAGGUGCUCUCCAACACAGAGGGCUUCAACGAAGAGAUGAUCCUGACUCCAGCUAUGCAAGGCAUCAUCUUGGCCAUCGCAAAGGCCAGCAAGGUCAUCGACAAGGAUGGGCCUGAGGCCGGACUCAUCGCGGCCUUCCAUGAGGAGUACUCCCGCCUGUAUGCACUGUCCCAGGAGAGCUCCUCCCCACAGCAGGACCCGCGGCUACAGCACAUCCUCAUCUACAUGUUCCAGAACCGGGCCCCCAAACGCAUCAUCGAGAGGACCCUGCUCGAGCAGUUUGGGGACCGCAAUCUCAGCUUUGAUGACAGGUCCAUCAGCAUCAUGAGGGAGGCUCGUUCCAAAAUUCGCCUCAUCAAACCGGAGGACAUGGAUAUGGAGGAGUACCUGAAGUGGCAUGAUGACUACAGCAUGUUCAAGACGGUGUUUGCAUACCUGCUCACGGGACUGGAGCAGUAUCAGCACGGAAAGCUGCGUGAGGCCCUGACGUACCUGGCCCAUGCCUACCAGGACAACUCUAUCCUGCUGAGGGGCGGAGACAGGAGGGGGGUGGAGCAAACCCUGAUCUCCCUCUACAGGAGGAAAUGCCUCAUGGAGUUGAAUGAGGGGGUUGCCCGUGUGUUCCGAGGAGCGGAGCACAUGGAGGCGGGACAGGUGGAUGAGGGCGUGGCUGUGGUGAAUGAUGUCAUCAUCCCGUGCCUGCAGCUGAUGAGCCGAGAGACUACGAGUGUGUGUCAGGAGGACCUGGAUGCCAUUGAGCAUAUACGCAGUGUCUGGUGUAGUCUGCUCGGACAGGACAUCAACGAGUCCCUACAGGAGAAGCUGAGUGAGUUUCUGCCGCGUGUUCUGGACUGUUCUGCGGAGCGCGUGGUUCUUCAGGAGCCCCCGAAGCUCUUCUCCAACUCCCCCCACGACCUGGAGAGCCGGCUGGCGGCCGUCAUGCAGUCCAUAGGAGGAGCCGCCAUGGUCACCGUCACCUAAGAGACAGCCUGUCACUAUGGUCACUGUCACCUUGGACACACUCUGUCACUAUGGUGCCGUCACCUAAGACACAGCCUGUCACUAUGGUCACUGUCACCUUGGACACACUCUUGUCACUAUGGUGACGUCACCUAGGAGACAACCUGUCACUAUGGUCACGGUCACCUAAGAGACAGUCUGUUACUGUGGUGACCAUCACAUAGGACACCCUCUGUCACUGGUGACGUCACCUAGGAGACACACUGUCACUGUGGUCACAGUCACAUAGGAGACACACUGUUACUGUGGUGACCGUCACCUAGGAGACAUCCCGUCACUAUAGUGACGUCACUUAGGACACUGUUACUAUGGUAGCCGUGACCUAGGACACAACCUGUCAGUUUGCAGAUCCUCCUUGGUGACUGUCACUUAGAAACCCUUCCUACGUCACUAUGGUAAUAUCACUUUUCACUGUGAUGACUGUCGGUUAAGAAACACCCUGUUACUAUGGUGACAUCACUUAGAACACUGUCACUAUGUUGACAUCACUCUGGACACACCCUCUCCACUAUAUGGCAGUCACCUAGAACCGCUGCCAUAUAUUACUGCCACCACUUAGACUAAACAACUAGCACUGUGACAAGACUUUUGCACUUUUCAAGUCUGAAAAUGGUUACCAAGACUCCAAAAGGACACUUACAGCAGAAUCUAAACAUCACGAUUCAGCUCUACGCAUUACAAUGUGUCCAUAGUGUACCUAAGUGUCCUUAUGUCUUUUUGAGAGUUGAGUAACCCAUUGAUAGUAUAUGACGUGAAUGUUGAAUAUACUUCUAAAGCACUAUUGAGUUUCUGUAAUAUUUAUUGACUGAGCAUCUCUUUUUCACCAUCUCUGUUGGAGCGGCCCUGAAAUGGCGGCCAAUCAUGUUGGAACUGUAAGUGUUUUAAAUAUUGAGAAUCAUGGUCAGCAGAAUAUGCCUGGUACUGUGGAAUGUCGGUACUUUAGAAUGCCUGUAGAAUGCUUUUGUACAUCUGGAAUGGAUCAUGGUGAGUGAAGACAUUGUCUGUUUCAAUAACAACCACCUCAGGCACACCUCAACCACCAGCAUGUCAAAGAUUCAUGUCAAACACUGGACUGUUUGUCACUCUGUUAUUAUCUAGAAUAUUUAUGUAUAUGGGUAAGCACUGGUUGGUUAGCUGUGGUUAGCGUUAAGGUUGCCCAGUGCUGUAUAAUAUGUAUUAGAAUCCUGAAGCUUCAGAGGAGACAGUAAGCUAUUGCCAGACAUUCGAAAUUGGAGAGAAUGACUUUGCUAUAAUUGCUAGCUUUAAUCGACUGAUUAACUGAAUUGUUGGCAUAAUGAUAAUGUAAUGCUGCAAUGGGCCUGUUCUGCCAAUGCAACAGUAAGCUGUGCUCAAGAAGAAGCUCCCAAAGAUGCUAUUGUGUUUAUGUAUUUUAUAUGAAAGAAAAUGAUAAAGUAGUCCUUGGCAGACUGGUACAUGAGAUUUUUUUAAACAAUCAUAUUCAUUGUAAUUUUGUUUGCAAUCAUACUGAAUCGAUACACUGUAUUUUUUUUCUACUGAGCAUGUGUAGCAUGUUUAGCAUAUUUAGGGGUAGUGCCCCAACCCACUACAGCUAUGAACCUGUUUUAGCUACAUAUUAUACUGUAUGUGUAUACAUCAUCUUGAGCUAGCCAGCUAGCGAAGGAACUCUGAAAGGUAUGUAUAGAGCACUAGCUGUCGUGCUAACUAGCCCUGUUUAUUGGAAUUAAUGCCUUAAUUUGAUUGCCGGUAGAGCUGCUUGAAUGAACAUCAGUUGGCACCUCCUGCAGGUGGCGCUAAAACUUUGCUGAUAAAGUGAAAAACAGGAACUUAUAGCAUAUGGCCCUAUGUUGACGCAUGCUUCACGACUGAACGUGGCAUCUAAUCUUGUAUACCUGUGUGCAACUGUGUGGCUAUCGUUUACAUCGGCUUGAGCUAGGUAACUAAGGUCCUGCAGUAUGUGGCUACAUACAACUACAGUAUUCUUGAGCUACCUUGCUACGGUCCUACGUGGCUAUGUGCAGCAUGAGUUAGCUAUCCUCUGUGUGGCUAUUCAGCAGCAUGCAUGUUUCGUGUCAAUGACUUCAUGCCUACAGUAGGUCUGUCACAACUGCAAAUAAAAAAAAAACUAUAUUUUGGGA